UAAGCGAGAAUGGAUAUAUAAAAAGGCUAUAUUUUUCACUUUUCCUAAAGAGGACAAAAGGAAUAAACCAGGAUUUGUUGCUUUUGCCUACAGAGCGAUGGCUACUCGGGAACAAUGGGAGAAUAUAUUGGGUCUGUUUUUUACUCUGCUUUGUCUCUGCGACUGGUCCGUGGCUCAGAUAACCUAUUCCGUUUCAGAGGAGGUGGACAAAGGGACAUCGGUGGGAAAUCUCGCUAAGGAUUUAGACCUCAAUGUGCAGCAGCUUCAUUCCACGGGUCUUCAGAUUACCUCUGAAUAUAGCAAACGUUAUUUUGACAUAAAUCGUGAAUCUGGAGUACUUUUUGUUAGCGAGAGGAUUGAUCGGGAGGAGCUUUGUUCUAAUACGGUAAAGUGCUAUUUGAAUAUAGAGGCCGUAUUGAGUAACCCUCGCAGCCUCCAUCGAAUUGAAAUUGUUAUUAAUGAUAUUAACGACAAUGCUCCGUCUUUUCUGGAAGAAAUAACAACAAUUGAUAUGUCGGAGUCUUCAUAUGUCGGAGAAAGGCAUCCACUGCCGAUAGCUCAUGAUGCAGACGUAGGUGCAAACUCAGUGAAGACGUACAAAUUGAACCCGAAUGAUUAUUUCUCUUUAGAUAUACAGAGCAUUGGUGACCAGAGUGUGUCUGCUGAGUUAGUGCUGCAGAAAGCAUUAGAUCGAGAAAAAGAGGCUGUUAUUGAACUCACACUGACAGCGUUUGAUGGAGGGAAACCUCCCAAAACGGGCUCUUUACAGAUACACGUUAAUGUACUGGAUGCAAAUGACAAUUCUCCGCUGUUCAGCAAAACUCUUUACAAAGUACAAGUUGUGGAAAAUGCAAAUGUUGGCACAACGUUAUUGACAUUGACAGCUACUGAUUUCGAUGACAGCAUAAAUGGUCAAAUUGUGUACUCUUUCACAGAGGGGGGGCGUUUAAACCUUGAUGAAAUAUUUGACCUGAAUGCUGAUAGUGGGGAAAUCAUUGUAAAAGGCAAUAUUGAUUUUGAAGAAAAUAAGGCAUACGAGAUUCGUGUCCAAGCACGAGACAAAGGCAAUCCUCCUCGCAGUGCACAUAGCAAGGUUUUAGUCGAAGUUAUUGAUGUCAAUGACAAUGCUCCGGAAAUCUCGGUCUCGUCACUUAUGAGUCCAGUGAAAGAGGAUGCUGAAAUAGGCACAGCUGUUGCGAUGGUGACUAUCACUGAUAAAGAUGGUGGAAAAAAUGGUCUCACAAACCUUAAAAUCACAGGUCCUGUGCCAUUUAAAUUAAAAUCUAACUAUAAAAAUUAUUAUUCUUUGUUGGUUGACGGGCCUCUGGACAGAGAGAGGGUUUCCCAGUUUAAUGUAUCAAUAACAGCCACAGACGAAGGAACUCCCUCUCUGUCGAGCAAAAGUGUCAUUACAGUUCAAGUGUCUGAUGUUAAUGACAACCCUCCUCGAUUCCUGGAGCCUCUGAUUAAUGUUUACGUGAAAGAGAAUAGCCCAAUUGGAACUACAAUUCAUGUGCUUACGACAUUAGAUUCAGACUUAAAUGAAAAUGCAAAAGCAAGAUACCACUUAAUAAACAGUUCUCCGAAGACCACACAGAUAGCUUCAAUGGUUAACAUCAACUCAGAGACUGGAGAUAUAGUCAGCCUGCAGUCUUUUAACUAUGAGGAGUUAAACACGUUUCAGUUUAAAGUGCAG